AUGGCAGGCGAAAUCGACAAACCUCCCUCAGACGAUAGACCGCUCCCCCGAAGCCGAGAUGGAGGAGAGGAGGAAAGAAGCGGGCAGCAGAAGAGGGGGAGCAGCACCGACGACCACGGCGAAGAAGGCAGCAUCACCACCGCCGACGAAGCCACCGUAACCAAGCCCGCGCCGGCGCGCAGCAAGGCCCAGACGACGAUCCUCAUGCUGGCGCUCUGCAUGGCCGUGUUCCUCGCCGCCCUCGACGCCGUCAUCAUCACGACGGCCCUGCCGACAAUAUCCAGCGCCGUCGGCGCCUCCGACUCGGGCUUCGCGUGGAUCGGCGCCGCGUACCUCCUCGCCAACGCGGCCUCCGUCCCCUUCUGGGGCAAGGUCAGCGACAUCUUCGGGCGCAAGCCGAUCCUCAUCAUCGCCAACGUCGUCUUCAUGGUCGGGAGCCUGGUGGGCGCGCUCGCGGGGACGCUGACGAUGCUCGUCGCCGGGCGCGCGGUGCAGGGGCUCGGCGGCGGCGGGCUGAUGGCGCUGGUGAACAUCACCAUCGGCGACCUCUUCAGCCCGCGGGAGCGCGGGGCGUACUUCGGCAUGAUCGGCGCCGUGUGGGGGCUCGCGAGCGGGAUUGGGCCGCUGAUCGGGGGCGGGCUGACGGAGAACAUCUCGUGGACGUGGUGUUUCUGGAUAAACCUCCCCAUCUCGGGCGUCUCGCUGCUCAUCCUCGUCUUUUUCCUCAAGAUUCACACCCCCAAGACGCCGCUCGUGAAAGGGCUGAUGGCCAUUGACUGGCUCGGGUCUAUCACCUUCACGGGAGCGACGUUGAUGCUCCUGCUGGGGCUGCAGUUCGGCGGGCUGAGGAAUCCCUGGGGUAGCCCGACGGUCGUCUGCCUCAUAGUCUUCGGUUGCGUUGGCUUCGGUGUCUUUGCGCUGGUGGAGAAGUUCCUGGCAAAGUACCCUUUGAUGCCGCGGUCUCUCUUCAGCGAAGUCUCAGUCGUGUUCUGUUACGUCGCCUGCUUCUGCCACGGCGUCGGCUUCGCAGCGAUAGCGUUCUUCCUCCCGUUGUACUUCCAGACCGUCCUCGGGGCCAGCCCGAUACAGUCCGGCGUAUGGCUUCUCGCCACGGCGCUCCCGCUCGCAUUCUGCACCAUCGCCGUGGGCGUCACGAUCAAGAAGACGGGCCGGUACAACGAGAUCAUCCGCGUGGCGAUGUCGCUCACGACGCUCUCCUUCGGGCUCUUCAUCACCUUCCCCUCGCGGCGCGACUGGCCGAAGCUCGUGCUCUUCCAGAUCGUCGCCGCGCUCGGCAUCGCGCCGAACCUGCAGGCGCUGCUGAUCGCCUUGCAAGCGCUCGUGCGGCAGCAGGACCUUGCCGUCGGGACCGCGACAUUCGCGUUCGUCCGGCACAUUGCGCUCGGCAUCGGCGUCGUCGUCGGACAGGUCAUCUUCCAGGGCGUCAUGGGCCGGCACGCGGCGUCGCUCGUCGGCGCGGACAUCCCGGAGGAUGUGGCGGCCAAGAUCGGCAGCGGGUCGACGAUUGCUGCGCACGGGUUGUUUGAGACGCUCUCGGGGGCGCAGCAGGAUGUCGUGAGGACGGCCGUGACGGACAGCAUCAGCAAGAUGUGGAUCUUCUUCUGCGUCGUGUCGGGCGUUGGGUUCAUCUCGACGUUUUUUAUCAGGCAGAUCGAGCUGCGGCAGACUCACACGGAGACCAAGACUGGGCUAGAGGUGGAGGAAGCCAAGGUCAUUGAAGGUGCGCGAGAGAAGCCGAGGGAUGAGGAAGAAGCUUGA